UUGUGCAAUAAUAACUUUCGUGACAUGCAGUCUUUUUAAUAUUGCAUGCUCAAUUUUGUACUUCCAUCGAUCGUAUAUAUUUAAGGAUAUAUAAUUGUUGAGAUUAUUAAUAUUAAUGAACGAAAUUUCCCCGCCAUGAGAGAAUGUACUUCCUAAAUAACACAUUUCUGUUCAUUCCGCGCAUCUUGACUUUGAUUGGUUUAAAUACGUUCCAUAAUCAAGAGUAACAUUGACCAUAUACAUCCAGUAAUCUUUUAUUUAUUAUGCAUUCCUUCUUAUUAAACAAAUUUUGCAAUUACGAUAGUUGGAGAUUCAGAAACCUAAUAGUGCAGAAAUGACAUAAUCUGGAAAUUCGAGAAUUUGGACGUUCGAAAGUUUAAGAAGUUUAAAAUUUUGGAACUUGAGAAUUUGAAAACUAUAUUUUAGUUCACCGUGUAUAUGAUAACUAAAUAAAAAGCAGACUCUUUGAACUUAGCCAAGAUGCGCAAACGAACUACGUUUUCUCAGGACAAAAACUGUACAUAAAAAUGUGUAAUCAAAGGUGGCGCUUUGUAAAGUAUUACUGACAUUGGUUGUCAAACUUUAUAUAAAUAACUUAUGACUAAAUAGCAAAAUAACGAAUACAAUGAUUAGUAUUCUACAAUUUAAAAAGCAAAUGAAGUGUUUCAAACAUACAAAUGAAAAGAGAAUAAUGUAUUACUACUUCAUAUUCUAAAAAAGAGGAAUAUAAUCAUGUCUGUAAAUAAAGGCCAAAAUGCUAGAGCUCUGGUUGAACCGUUAGCUCUUGACUCACGUACAUUUGGUGAUGGUGACUUAAGUGCAUUAAGUCUGUCACAUAACAAUGAACAAUAUUCAUCCAAUGACUUUGAAGCAUUUGCAAAUAUUCAAGCUGAAUUGGAAUGUAUGAAUGCUGAAGAAGUCAUGACAACAGACGAGGAGCAUAUAAUUAUUGAACGAAAUAUUGAGACUGAAACAAUAGUACCUGAUGUGGAAAUGACUGAAAUUUCUGAACAAGUUGAAGAAGAGCAUAUUAUCUAUACAACAGCAAAUCAGAAUAAUCAAAAUAUUGUAUUUCAAACAAAGCCAACAUUGCAAAGGCUUCCUACGUCUACGGUACAGGUAAAGUCAAAUGCUGGUCAAGUUACUCAAAGUCAGUCUAUUAUGAUAGUUUCUCCUGCUGGUGGUCAAGGAGCCAGUCAAAUUUUAAAAAUUUCACAUCCAUCAACAGCAUCAGCUGGUCAAUUGCAAUCAUUAGCUCAAACCCUUAUAACAGCAAAAUCUGCUGAUGGUAACAUAGUUCAAUUAAGAUCGGCACAACCCAAUAAGCCUGUAAUGGCAACCAGUCAUUCAGGAAGUAUCACAUUAGGAAAUGUACAAAAUUCGAAAACAGCUCAAUCAGCUAUAAAACGAACUGCUCAGAGCACUCCUCAAAAUCGAAAUGUAUAUACAAAAAUGAUAUUAGCUGGAAAUCAAGCACAAUCAGGACAACAAGUUCUUAUAACUAGUUCUCAGAAUGAAAAUCAGCAAUCAAUAAAAUUUUUAAAUAAUAAUACAUCAAGCCAAGAUGUUACAAAUCCAACUAAAACUAUAACAUUGGCACAAGCACAACAAAUGGGACUACUUUCUACUAGUAAAGUUCAACAUAUUUUACCUUCUUCACCACAAAAACAAGGAAUAAUUGUAAAUAAACUAGUGCAAUCAUCAAGUUCUCAACCUUCUAAAAUGACCAUAGUUUCAAGUAAUACAAUUAAAUCGCCCACAAAGAUAUUACCAGCACCAACUAUGAAUACACAAGUUAAAACUUCAACAAUUUCAAAUCAACAAUCGACAUUUCCAUCUAAUAAAACAUCUGUGCAGCAAAGUCCUCAAAAAGUAAUCAUAAGACAGAGCUCCUUAAAACCGGGUACCGUCCUUGGAAGCGGGCAAGUUAUCAGAAUACCAGCUAGCCAGAAUAUUGUUACUGGGUCUAAUCAAGUACAUCAAAUACAAAUGCCUGGAAGACAAGUGCAAUAUGUGAGAUUAGUUAGUACACCAUCAUCUGGUACUACAAACGUUGUUACUGUGGGUAAAGCAAAGUCACAAACAACUUUACAAACUGUCGGGGUUGGCCAGAAAAUUGGAGGGCAACAACAGAUUGUUAAGGUAGUCCCAUUAAAUACUAGCAAUCAAUCAUUAAGAACAGUUGCACCUAAGGCAACCCUAUCAGCAAGUGGUCAAAGAUUAUUAAUUCCUGCAACUGCAACAGUAGGUAAUCAAUCGAAAAAUGCGGUUGCUAUUCCAGCAUCUGCUUUAAGUCAAUUAGCAUCUGGGCAAGCUGUUCUUUCAACUAAUUCAAAUGUAGGAAAUAUCGUAGUGCUACCUGCUCAAUACAUUCAACAACAGUCAACAGAUGAAGUGAAAUUAAAACCUCAACAAGCUGCACCUAGUUUGUUAGGUACCUCACAAAAUUUACAAAGUUCCGCGGGAAAUUUGUCUGUGGGGUCUGUUAUAGAAAGUAAAAGUUCUCAGAGGUCUUAUACCAGUGUUGAACCAAAUGGUAUUAGGCCAAGAAAGCCGUGUAAUUGUACGAAGUCGCAGUGUCUCAAAUUAUAUUGUGAUUGUUUUGCGAAUGGAGAGUUUUGUCAUAUGUGUAAUUGUAAUAACUGUUCUAAUAAUCUCGGAAAUGAAGAGGAACGACAACGUGCUAUUAAGUCUUGUUUGGAACGUAAUCCAAACGCUUUUCGUCCAAAAAUUGGUAAAGGCCGCGAAACAGGCGAUGAUAUACGUAGACAUAACAAAGGUUGCAAUUGUAAACGAAGUGGAUGUUUAAAAAAUUAUUGCGAGUGUUAUGAGGCUAAAAUUCCUUGCUCUGCUAAUUGUAAAUGUAUAGGAUGUCGUAAUGUAGAAGAACCAAAUUUAGAGAAAAAAUCUUUGAAGGAUUUAGCAGAAGCUGCUGAAGUAAGAACAGCGCAACUUACGUUAAAUAAGACGAAACUGCAAUCAUCAGAAAUGUCUUUUAGGCCACCAGCUACAUCAAACACUGGUCCAAGACAACCAUUUAACUUUUUGACUGACAAAGUAGUAGAAAUAACUUGUCAAUGUUUAAUGGCACAAGCCGAUGAGGCAGAGCGUAAUAUGUUUGACGACGAAACAUCACAAAGACUCAUAAUUGAGGAAUUUGGCCGAUGUCUUAAAGAAAUUAUAGAAUCAGCACAUAAAGCUGAAGCUACCUAGCAGGUACAUUCUAAGAAAAAGAUCAGUAUCGAAAACUUUCAAUUUUUACGGACGUGUGUUGAAGGUAUAAAAUUAGAAACUUGAAUUAGUAAUUAUUUUUUAAU